AAAGGCAUACUAAAAAAGUUUACCAAAGGAUGUUUUUUUGUGUAAAAUAAGCCAGAGCCCAAAAUUUGUUCCGGUCCAAAUCUAUAUUCAGUAACGAGCAACAUUUUCCGCAGCUCAAUAAACGACCAACAACCACCGCAGAGCUAGUCAAACCACCACUACUCACGGCGGGUGGUAUCCAAUUCUGAGCUGAUGGCCAGUAUCAUCGGCGUAGCAUCUUCUCCUUUUCCCACCCAGACUUCUCAUCUCCUUCCAUCUCGCUCUAAUUCCAUAUCUUCUCUCAUUCAACUCAAGAGAGAUUCGGUUCGGCGAUUGUUGUUGCUUCGAGUGAACUGCUCAUCAAGACAGGUCGGAGAUGCAGAGACAGAAUCAGAAUCUAAGGUGGUAUUGCCAGAUACUUCUGCUGAUACAGGCUUUUCAGCAUACAAUUGGUGUGCAGCACUUGGAGGGAUUGGGUUUCUUGAGACUUCUUACUUGACGUUCCUCAAGUUCACUAACUCUGAAGCAUUUUGUCCUGUUGGUGAUGGUGCCAGCUGUGGCAACAUCCUCAACAGCAGCUACUCAGCUGUAUUUGGUGUUCCUCUUUCAUUGAUUGGUAUGGUUGCUUAUGGAGUAGUUGCAAUACUUGGGAUACAAUUGGGCCAGAAAAGCAGGCCUCUUGGAAUUGGUGAAGCUAAUGGGCGUUUGGUUUUACUUGGAACAACUACUUCCAUGGCAGCUGCCAGUGCAUACUUCUUGUACAUCCUAAGCACAAAAUUCACUGGGGAAUUUUGUCCAUACUGUUUAGCUUCUGUCCUGUUGUCAUUUAGUUUGUUCGUCAGCAGUAUAAAGGGUUUGGGGUUUCAAGAGGUGCAAAAAGAUGUGGGUAUACAGUUACUUAUAGUUCUCUUGGUGGUUUCUACCCUAAACAAUUCAUACAGUGACUCUCAGCCUGCAAACACAGGUUCUGCUAUGUCUGAGAUGGAAUACUUUACAACAGAGAUCACAUCAGAGUCUACACCUUUUGCUAUAUCCCUAGCGAAACACCUGCGUUCAAUUGGGGCAAAAAUGUAUGGGGCUUUCUGGUGUUCUCACUGCCAGGAACAAAAGCAGAUGUUUGGACGAGAAGCAGCAAAGUUACUAGACUAUGUAGAAUGCUUUCCUUAUGGACUUAAGAAGGGAACUUACAUGAUCGAUGCAUGUCAAGAAGCAAAACUCGAAGGGUUCCCUACAUGGGUGAUCAAUGGGGAGGUUCUUAGCGGAGAGAAGAAGCUUUCGGAGCUGGCUGCACUGUCUGGUUUCGAUAUGAAAGAAGAACUUACUGAGGCUAAAUGAGCUCUGUUGACCAACAGUCACAUAUUCUUAGGAUAUCGAAGUUCAUGAAUUCUUAUAACUGCCCUCUGGUAUUUACUUAGUUUCAUAAUGUAAUUAUCUUCUUAUGUUAGUAAAACUGAAUAGAUAGUAUGAUGAAGUGAA